AUGAAUCAAAACAUUCAGGCACUGAUGUCUGCCGUUCUCCUGGUUGCGAUUGUGUGCGAGAUUUUCUCAUUGAGCAUCGAAGGGAUCCAAAGUAGAAAGCAACACGAGGAGAGCAAUUACUGCAGGGAGUUUCUAGCUAUCAGGCGCAAGGAAUUUUUCUUCAUGCUUACCUUACUCAUAUUGAUGGCUAUAUACUACCUGAUACACAUAUACGAAGCUAGAUCAGCCAUAAAUCCAACAAUCAAUAAGCUUGUCAACCACGCUCGAGGUGCAACACUCAAGUUGUUUGAGAUAACAAUUGAAGGCAUAGAAAAAAGCCUGCUUUUCCAUACAAUCAUGCUGUUCCUGCCAGUAAUUUCAUCAAAGAAGUUCAAGGAUCUUGGGUUUGAUGAGUAUGUCUUCGAGGCUGUUCUUGGAUCAAGAGCAUACGGCGGCAUACUGCUUUAUCCAAUUGUUUUUGUUGUUACUGGGAAGACUCUCCUUGGCAACUACAUUGUUGAUGUCAUAAACAGCUCAGAAACGCUUCUGCUAAUUAUACUCUACUUUGCUCUGCUCAAAAAAAUCUCAAAGAUCUGCACUGUGCUUUUCCAAAGGCAGCUUCUUUCAGAGCCUGAGGUUGAGCAGCUCAUACUACUGGCCAGAAUCAGAAUCGGAGGGAUAAUCGCAUAUCUGCUCAUCAAGCUUGUUAUGGAGAUUUGUAAAACAAUAGAAACUCUUUUCGCAAGAUACUUAACACAAACACAUUCCAUCAGUUUCGCAAAAACUACGCUUUUUGUGCUGCUUUGCCAUUUCUCAAUCAAACCGCUUAUAUUCCUUAACACACAAGCAUACCUUGCGAUUCAGAGUGUCAAAGAUGCAAAAAAACACAAUGUGCAGCAAUACUCUAACAUAGUUGACAUAACACUUAUUCCAAACAUUUAA